GACUUUGAUCGCCGGGGACCAUGAGGCCCGCGAGAAGCUGGGUCCCGUCGGCAGUGACCGCGCUGGUCGCGACGGCUCUGCUGCUGAGGCCCAUCCACGCUGAUGCGCCUGUCUCGGGCAGCUAUCUACCACCGUCAACCAGUUACGGCACGCCUAAUCUAGGAGGUGGCGGACCUUCCUCGACCUACGGAGCACCCGGUGGAGGUGGCGGUGGCGGCGGAUACCCAGGUGGUGGCGGUGGGGCACCGUCCUCCAGCUAUGGAGCGCCCCCGUCCUCGAGCUACGGGGCACCGUCCGGCGGCGGCGGUGCGCCUUCCAGCAGCUAUGGGGCACCUAGCUCUGGCGGAGGACGUCCGUCCUCCAGCUAUGGCGCGCCUUCUAGCGGAGGCGGCGGGUUCGGCGGCGGUGGUUUCGGUGGCGGCGGCGGCGGCGGCUUCGGCGGCGGUAAACCGUCCUCGACUUAUGGAGCACCGUCGAGUGGAGGCGGUAGACCGUCGUCCACAUACGGAGCGCCUUCCGGCGGUGGUGGAGGUUUCGGCGGCGGCGGCGGCGGCGGUUUCGGAGGUGGGGCACCCUCCUCGAGUUACGGGGCGCCUUCCUCGAGCUACGGAGCGCCUUCCUCUUCCUACAGCGCACCCUCCACAAGCUACGGGGCACCGCGUGGCGGCGGCGGCGGCGGCGGCAGCGGUGGAUAUUCCGAGGUGGUGGCAAAACCGUCGUCCAGCUAUGGAGCGCCCAGUUCUGGCGGCGGCGGCGGCUUUGGAGGUGGCGGCGGUUUCGGAGGAGGUGGACACUCCGGUGGCGGUGGAGUGUCUUCGACUUACGGUGCACCCUCGGGAGGCGGCGGUGGCGGAUACUCCGGCGGCGGUGGCGGAUACUCCGGUGGUGGCGGCGGGUACUCUGGCGGUGGUGGCGGAUAUUCUGGCGGCGGCGGCAGCGGCGGUGGAUAUUCCGGCGGUGGCGGUGGCGGAUAUUCCGGCGGUGGUGGACAUUCUGGCGGCGGUGGAUAUUCCGGCGGUAGCAGCGGUGGUUACUCCGGAGGCGGUGGCGGUUAUUCCGGAGGCGGCGGUGGUGGUUAUUCCGGCGGCGGCGGUGGUGGCGGUUACUCCGGCGGCGGCGGCGGACAGAGCUACGCCAGCAAUGGAGGAUACCAAUACUAAUCCAGACAUGUGUUCACCCGGCGAGACGAACUCCGUGCUCAACCACGUCGGCUUCCAUCAGGUUUCCCGGAUCG